AUGACAAGAGUGCCACCCCCACCAUGGAAACCCCUACACAUACACGUACUCUUCUCCUUCCUUUUCCUUUUAAUUACUGUGGUCGAGUUUUCCUGUGCGAGUUCACAGCACUUCUUGACUUCCGAGCGAAUCACAUUGCUUAAACUCAAGCAACAAUGGGGGAAUCCGCCGUCACUGAGGAACUGGAACGCCUCUUCAUCGCCAUGCAACUGGGAAGAAGUUAUCUGCAACCACAACGGCUCUGUUGAGUGGCUUCUACUCAUGAGCAUGGGAUUAACUGGACACAUACCUCCGUUCAUCUGUGACCUACGGAACCUGGAAACUGUGUUUCUCAGUGAUAACUUCCUCACCGGAGAGUUCCCGAAGGUUUUUUAUAAUUGUUCCAAGCUAGUUAAUAUUGAUAUCGCACGGAACGGUUUUUUUGGAAGGUUUCCGAAUGAUAUUGACCGAUUAUCAGGACUCAUGAUGUUUGCUGUCGGAGGUAAUAACUUCACCGGCGAUAUACCUCCUGCCAUCGGCAAUUUGUCCGCGUUAAUGUAUUUGUCGUUGGAUAAUAACUUGUUCAGUGGUUCAAUCCCGUCGGAGAUUGGAAAUUUAUCUAAUCUGGAAACGUUGGAUUUGAGUUCUAACGAUUUGGAAGGUGAAAUCCCUUCUGGGUUGCUUCUGUUGAAGAAACUGUAUAGUUUGACCUUGCACAAGAACAAUUUAUCUGGAAGAAUUCCGUCGAUGAUCCAGUCUUUACAUUUAAUUGAAAUCGAUCUCUCCAUCAACAAAUUGAACGGCUCAAUUCCUAAAGAUUUUGGCAAAUUGCGGCAGCUGGAGGUGUUAAAUUUGUUUUCAAAUCAUUUAUCCGGCAACAUUCCAUCGGAGAUCAAGUCAUGGAGUUCACUAACCACUUUGCAUCUAGCGAGAAACAAACUUUCUGGCCCGAUUCCACCAACCAUCGGUUAUUUGAAAGGUCUUCUCAAUCUUGAUUUAUCAGAAAACCAAUUUUCGGGCGACAUUCCGCCACAAAUGAGUCAUUUGAAACUGAUGACUUUAAAUCUUUCUUCGAACAAACUAGCCGGAAAAAUCCCAUUUGCAUUCGAUAACCUCGCUUACGAAAAUAGUUUCUUAAACAAUCCCGAUCUAUGUUCUAGUGCUUCAUCCCCAAUCUCAAAUCUCCAUAACUAUUACGCCAAAUCCCCACACUCCCAGAAAUUUCCCCCCAAAAUCAUCGCCGUGAUUGUCGUCUUGUCAACAUUGAUCAUACUUUUCGCCAUUCUGUGCACCAUGAACGUCUACAGACGAUACCUCAAGAAGUAA